AUGGUUGGAGGAAAAGAAGGGGGAGGAACCCAGCUCAAGAGGGUGGAAUCCUUGGAGGCAGAGUUAGGCCAUUUGAACGACAGAAUGGAGAAUCAAGGACACCAGAUCCAACAACAAGCUGAUUCUAUCGCUUCAAUACAGACAAAGAUGGACCAGAAGUUUGAAGAGGUGUUGAGGGCCCUCGGUAAAGGAAGGAAGUCAACAGAGGAAGAACUCUUCGACGAACCUGUGGUUUCAACGAUGGAAACCCCGAAGGAUAACAGUGGAGGCCCAAGACCGACGGGGAGCGGUGGUUUUGGUACAGGCGGAAGCAGCGACGGCGGGGCCCGGUCACAGGGAGGCGAUCAUGGCGAUGGAACCAAUUGGAGGUUUAGGAAACUGGAUAUGCCCUUGUUUGACGGUACGUUACACCAAAAAUGGCUCACACUAACUCAGACCGGGCCGGUUUUAGAGUACCAACGGGCAUUUAUUGAACGACUCGCCCCGCUAAGCAACAUACCCGAUGGCAUCAUUGUGGGCCAAUUCCUUAACGGGCUGAAUGAUGAAAUUAGGUCAGAGGUCCAGAUAUUGAGUCCCAUGUCCGUUGAAAACGCGAUGACCCUGGCUAUCAAGAUCGAACAAAAAUUACAAUCUCAACUUAAACGCAAACCCCAACCCUCCCCUGUCACCCAGCGAACAAACACCAUCAGAAGCAUCUCAGGAACACCAUUGAUUACCCCCAUCAAAACUACCUUCUACUCUUCCAAGGGCACAACGUUGCCUCCCAUUCAUACCACAAUGAACCAAUCAGUGAGAAAUCGAGUAUCAGGGGAAGUAAGAAGGUUGACGGAUAAGGAAUUACAACACAAGAAGGAGAGAGGGUUGUGUUACCGAUGUGAUGAAAAUGGAAUCCGGGGCAUAAAUGCAAAAAGGAGGAGUUGA